AUGGAAACAUCCACAAUAUUGAACUCUCUCAAAGACUUUGGCGUGAUGCGCUGUUGUAGCGCAGCUGCAGCAUUCCUCCUUGCCAGCUUUAUUGCCACAGUAUUCUACAAUAUUCUGUUCUCGCCACUGAAAAAAUUUCCGGGCCCGAAGUUGGCUGCUGCAAGCGUUGUCCCAUACUGGUACAACACACUGUCUGGGAACAGCAUGAUUUGGUUAAAGUCCCUCCAUGAGAAAUACGGAGAUGUUGUGCGCAUUUCUCCAGAUAGGCUUAGCUACAUCAAUCCUGAAGCCUGGAGAGACAUCUACGGGCAUCGCACGGCUGGCCACAAAGCAAACCCAAAGGAUUCCCAUGAUCAAAGGCAUGGCGAAGUGCGAAAAAUCUUUUCAAACGCGUUCUCGGAGAGAGCUUUGAAACUCCAAGAGUCCUUGAUCAUGAGAAGCGUCGACAAGCUCAUCGGAAAUAUCCAUACAGCCAUCAAAAACGAUCCCGAGGUGCGCCUGGAUAUCGUCAAGCUUUACAACUGCACCACGUUCGAUAUCAUGGGGGAGCUUACGUUUGGGGAGACUCUUGGCCUCCUUGACAAGUCAGAGUACUCCCCCUGGGUAUCUGCUAUCUUCCGGAGCGUCAAGGCCAUCGAGUUCGGCCGGCUAUCUCUCGACUACCCAAUCCUCCGCCGCAUCAUGGACAUCGUCCUCCCAGCUUCCAUCUCCAAGGGCGAAGACGAGCACUACAAGUACUCCUCAGACCGUGUCGACCGGCGGCUUGAAAAGGGCGCCGACCAGGCCGAUAUCUGGAACCUGGUGCUGCACAAGAAUGAGGGGGUACUCAACCUGGACGAGAUGCAUGCGAACGGUAUGAUCUUCAUGAUUGCGGGUACAGAGACCACUGCGACUCUUCUAAGCGGACUCACCUACUCUCUCUUGACGAAUCCUGACAAGCUCCAACGGGCGGUGGAGGAAGUAAGAUCCCUUCCGGAGGACCAGCUCAACCUGGAAGUGUUGCCGCGCUUGAAAUAUCUAUCUGCAUGCUUCGACGAGGGUUUCAGGACUUAUCCUCCAGUUCCGACGGCCAUGUUGCGCGAAGUUCCCGAAGGUGGUAAUGUCAUAUGCGGCGAAUGGGUUCCCGCCAAGACUCGGAUUGGCGUCCCUCAAUAUGUUGCGUAUCAUUCUGCGUCUAACUUUAAGGACCCUGACUCCUUUGUCCCAGAGCGGUGGCUACCAGGAACCGGUUAUGAUGACGAUAAGAAAGAGGUCCUACAGCCAUUUUUGUAUGGCCCUCGUAACUGCAUUGGCAAAAAUCUCGCGUACCACGAAAUGCGUCUUAUAUUUUCAAAGGUCCUCUGGCACUUUGACCUGUCUAUUUGUUCUGAGAGCAGGGAGUGGACGGAUCAGAAGGUGUGGUCGUUGUGGGACAAGCCUCCACUCUGGAUCAACGCAAAGAAGGUUGAACGAAAGUGA